CCCCCAGCUUCCGCGAGCGAGAUCUGGCACUUUGGGCGUUCUCUAAGAUGGGGCCAUGAGCCCCAGCACGGAACAGGCGUGUACAGAGGCAGAUACGUGCCAGGAGAGCGAGGAAAGCUCCCGUGCUGCGGAGAAAGGGAAGACAACAAGCUGGGUGGAUUUGAGAGAUUAUGGCAUCUGAAGCUCACAAUGUUAAAAACCAGAAAGUAUUGCAUAUUGAAGGUCAUCCCAUUGAUCUCCGCAGAAAAGGAAUCUCUUCUUCCACUAAAAAGAUCAUGAAGGAGGGUAAGAAAUCUCCAAAACAGCUGGCUUCAUACACAAACAGAAUAACGGUUGGAAAAACGGUGACCAGUCCCCUCUCUCUUUUCAAAGUGGUAUAUUGUAAAAGAAAAGUUCAUUGUUAUACUCCAAAGCCUUGUUACAGAAAGAAACUGUGCCCUAAAUCUAGGGGCUGUGACAUGGCAAAUAAAGAAAAUGAACUGGCUUGUGCAGGGAAUCUGCCAGCAAAACUUCACAACAGUCGUACGCACUUGCUAAAUUCUAGUGACUCUGGCUCAUCUCAAACAGAAGGCCCCUCAUCCAAAUACAGUGGAUUUUUUUCAGAGGUUUCUCAGGACCAUGAAACUAUGGCUCAAGUUCUUUUCAGCAGGAAUCUGAGGCUGAAUGUAGCUUUAACCUUCUGGAGAAGGAGAAGUAUAAGUGAACUGGUAGCCUACUUAGUGAGGAUACAAGAUCUUGGAGUAGUAGUAGACUGCCUUCCUGUUCUUACAAACAGUUUACAGGAAGAAAAAGCAUAUGUUUCAGUUGGCUGCUGUGUAGAUCUUUUGCCUUUAGUGAAAUCUCUGCUUAAAAGCAAAUAUGAAGAAUAUGUGAUAGUUGGUUUAAACUGGCUUCAGGCUGUCAUUAAAAGAUGGUGGUCAGAACUAUCUGCACAUACAGAAAAGGCAGAGGAUGGGAAUAUUCAUAUUUUAAAACAACAGCUGAGUGUUUUAUGGGAACAGGAGAAUCAUCUUACUAUGGUUCCAGGAUAUACUGGUAGUAUAGCUAAGGAUGUAAAUGCUUAUUUAUUACAGCUACACUGACAUGAUUGAGAAACUAUGUGUGCUCAUGUGGUGAAACAAUCCCCUAAAGUAUCUCUGAAAUACGUACAGAAAGCCUUUUGAGAAAUACUGGCAGAAGAGAACUGAACUGUCAAGCUGUUUAAUGAAACCACUAACAAAAUCCUAGCAAUCUACUUCACAUUGAAGUGGAAAAAUGUCUAGUAGGAGCAACUUUUACUUCAGUGAGGUGAAAGUGCGCUAUGAAAACUGUAUGCCUUUGCUGCAUUUGGGAUUCACUCAAUUACUAGGUAUUCAUUUAAAUGCUACUGUAUUUUCCUACAACAUCGCAUAAAAGAAGAUGAAUUAUACUAUCAUGAAGGCAAGACAGCAGAACCAGUUAUAAGGAACCAACAAAAGCAAUCAGCAUUAAGAGCUUUUAAAUAUCUCUUUCACAAGAGAACUCCAAAAUGCACAACUAUCUUCCAAUUACAUUAAAAAAAAAACAUCUUUGGGAUAUUCAGUUACUUCUAUGUUUUAAUCAAAUUAUUAAAGACAGUUUUUGUUUGCACUAAAUAGAAACUAUACAGCAAAGAUGCCUUAAUUACUAGUGUUUUGAAAAGCCAAUGUGUUAAGAUGCAAAUAGCUAUUAUGUUCAUGAUUGUGAUGAAAAAUGACGAAAAUCAGGGUUUCACAUUGUGUAGUUAAUGAAAUAUUGCACAUAUACAAAGAUUCAUGUAUGAAAAAAUAUUAUAAAUACCUGAAGUUAAGCUUGGAUAAACAGUUAUUGCAAAUGUCAGCAGAAUGGUGAAUUUAUGUCUAACAAAUGUUUUUAUAUUGUAUGUGGAUUUCUAACACAGUAAUCUUGUUCUGUAUCAUUUAAACUACAUGCAAAUAAGUAAAUAUAUUAAAUAUAUCUACUGUUUUUUCUUUUCAAGUUCAAAAAAUACCAAUUUCUAGAAUCUGUUCCGCAGUACUUUUUAUCACAGAUAUUUAUGUCUAUUGUUUGAAAUGUUUACAGCCAGGUGAGGCCAUGUUAUUCAAAUCACAUCCUUUUUAUACUACCUCCUUUAAGAAACUGACAAAGAGCUUUUGCAAAAUUAAGUUCUAGCCUGAUCAGUAAUGGCAAAUUUAUACCAACAAUAGCAUUGAGAAUACAGCUAUAAGUUCUUUUGCUGUCAUAUUGCUAUGCUGUUCUAUUUUAAUUUAAAAGCUAUACCUUAAUAGCUCUGAGGGAGUCUUGAUUUUAGGCUUGCUGUUGCCUUUUUUAAUUUUGUGAUUAGAAAGAAUGCUUUUUCAAUUAAAACUUCUGAAGUGCCAGCUCUUUACUUAAAACACAGAUAUACAUGCACAGCAUGUAUGACCAAAUCUACUUUCUUAGAAAACUAAGUACUUACAAGGGUUGUUCUCAUACCUAGCAUUAAGCAUGUGCACUUUUAUUGCUGUGCAGGAGAAAAGUCUUUUGAUAGCCCCAAGUGGUUUUUGCUUUACAGAUUAAAGAAAUGAAUUUUAAACUCCUGUAGUGGUCAACAACUUUAGGCCUCCUGAUGCUUCAUUUUGUAUUUAGUUUACAUAUUGUUAUUGCUGACUUCUAAUGGCCAAGUAGAAAUAUGUCAUCAGAACUUGGUGCUUUUGGUUAUUUGAAUAUCCAAAGGUUUUGCACUUCCCAGGGCAGUCAGUUAACAGAGAAAAGUUUCUGGGACAUCCCAAACCCGAUAACUUUGUGGGGCAAUCUGGAGACAUGCACACAGCCAAAUUAUUUUUGCUAGUUAUCACUAGAGAUAUUUCAUGCUCAGAAGAGUUUGAGAUAGAACUUUUCAAAUGUUCUUGCUGUCAAUUAAAAAUUUAAAGAAACUACAGUAUGACAACAUUCUUGUAUUACUUUACUGUUCUGUUGACCAAUUAAAUGUAAAAGUAACAUAGAGUCUAGCUUCAUAAUUUGGGUAGCAAUUGCUGAAGCUCUUAGAUUAUUCCUCAAGGAGAAUACUGUAAAGGUAAUGGAAACUCAGAUCUUUUCUCUUGUGUUUUUUUUAAUGGACAAAAUGAAGUAACUCAAGGCCAUUUACUUCUGAUAAUAGAAGUAAUAGUUGUAAUUGAUUAAAGGGAUACCCUAGUACUUAAAAAACUGGCUUGACUGUAGAUGUAAAUAUGUGGAGUUUUAAUGAAUUCUUGUAUGUGGUCAUAGAGUUACCAAAUCAUAACUGUGGAUGGUGCUUUUGUUCUAGAGGCAAGGUAAGAUUGACUUGAGGAUUGUUAUUGAGACAUUACUAAUAAAAUAGUGCAUUCUUUUUAACUGCCAAAAGUUGUAUUUUGACAGCAUCAAUAAUACAGUAUUAAACAUUG